GUUUCCACAGGUGGAAUGAUCAAAUUAGCAUCAGCGCGUGCUUUUCAUAUGGCUAUCGUAUGGGAUGUCGUUAUCAUAUCUACAGUGAUUUUGUUAUAUCAUGCACUCACAUUGGCCGCUAUUGUUAUGUUUAUGGAAAAAUUUGCUGUUCAACUGUAUCCUUUUGAUGGCGCCCAUGAACGUUUCACGUUUGUCACUUCCCCUCGUUUCAUGCCAUUGAUCAUCGUAGUCGAAGUCAGUAUUUAUGAGUAUGCCCCUUUCAUGGUUAUUGAGUGCUCUGCAUUUCUUCGCCAGAUUUUUUAUCCCCAUGCAAACAUUGAUGACGAAUAUGUGGGUUGUUGUGACAAUGUUACGAGAGAAGUAUGCAGAUUCCACUCGAAAACAUCUUUCUAUCGUACACGUUUGGAUACUGCUAAUCUUACUUUGCUUCUGUGGAUAUAUUGUCAGCUUAAUGUUCAUUUUGCCGGGUAA